UGAGGCUCUCAUGUUUGUGCAGAGAAAAUGGGGCAAAAACCAUCACAACAGUUGGCUCUGAAGGACAGCAACGAGGCUCUCAGCAUCUGUGAAGUGGUCACUGAAGCUAUCAUCCAUGCAGCUGAGAAACUGAAGGAGUAUCUGGGAUUUGAAGCCCCUCAGAACAAUCUAUGCCCAGCUUCAAACACGCUGAAUGAGAUCUUCUUAAUCCACUUCGUCACUUUCUGCCAGGAGAAGGGAGUAGACGGGUGGCUCACUACCACCAAGAUGACCAAGCACCAAGCCUUACUGUUUGGGGCCGACUGGGUUUGGACCUUUUGGGGAGCCGAUAAGCAAAUAAGGCUUCAGCUGGCAGUACAGACUCUGCAGAUGUCUUCCCUUCCUCCUCUGGAAUCUAAGCCUUGUGACCUCUCCAAUCCAGAAUCCAGGGCAGAGGAGUCUUCUAGGAAGAGAAGUAGAUUUGAUAAGCUGGAAGAAUUCUGCAACUUGAUAGGAGAGGAUUGUCUGGGCCUGUUUAUCAUCUUUGGUGUGCCAGGAAAGCCAAAGGACAUCAGAGGAGUUGUCCUGGACAGUGUCAAAAGGGACACAGUGAGGAGCCAUCUGCCAGGAGGCAAGGCUGUGGCACGAUUCGUCCUGGAAACUCAAGAUUGUGUCUCCAUCAGAGAGCUGCUUGGAAACUGUCUGAGUAAGAAAGACGGGCUGAGAGAGGUGGGCAAGGUUUAUAUUAGCAUCCUCUGAACUGGAUAUGUGUGAUGAGACUGGCCUGUAAGAUGAAAAGAAAAAAAUACUUUAUUCUGAUAAGCAUGUUCAUCCGCUCGCAUCAUCCCA